AAAUCAAUUUUAGGGGUGGUCCCAGAAAAAAAAAAAACAGGAACCAGAAUCAGGUUCACAUUACAGGGUGAGAGUCUGGAGUUCCGGUGAAAAGGAAAAAAGAUACGUGGCGAAAUUGGUGAAUAUCUCUGUCCUCCAAAGCACAUCUCCUGUUCACAACCGAGGGGAACUAAGGCAUCAGAAAGGCUCAACAAACCAUGCAGGAUGAUUUACUGAUGGACAAAAGCAAAGCCCAGCCGCAGCAGCAAGAGCCAGCAAAUUUAGAGUCCCCUUCCACUCCGACCUCCUCUUCAGAGCCCCCCAAAUCAGAGGACAUCCCCUCAAGCAUCGUUAACCAACCGGCUACAGCACAAAACAACAAAGAGAAAGCGCAUAUGGAGUCGCCGAUCUUGCCUGGCUUGACUUUCCACCAACCUCAGGAACCCGGUGGCACAUCCUUAUCCCCUUCAUUUGGAAGCACUUGGUCAACAGGGACCACAAACACCGUGGACGAUAGCUUUUUUCAAGGAAUUCCCCCAGUUAAUGGGACAAUGCUUUUUCAGAACUUUCCUCACCAUGUUAACCCCGUUUUUUCGGGCACUUUUUCACCCCAGAUCGGCUUGGCUCAGCAACAAGCUCAGCAGCAGCAACAACGGAGGUCGCCUGUGAGCCCCAGUCAGGCCCCCUUCCCCCAGAGAAACGCAUAUAACCAUCCGACCCUAAUGAACACUAAAGUCCCUUCUUCUUCCACUUCAUCAUCCGCUUGGAAUAAUCACCAGAAUGCCGCCUGGAAUUCCACUUCCAAUUCUUGGAGUGGACUGCAGGCCAAUAGGGACCCCAGGAGGGCAGUUGGAGUUGGCGUGGGGGUUGGUGUACCCUCUCCGCUGAAUCCCAUCUCCCCUUUGAAAAAACCCUAUUCGAGCAACGUUAUCGCUCCUCCUAAAUUUCCCCGAGUUGGUCCCCUCGCCCCCAAAUCCUGGAUGGAGGACACAGCAUUCAGGACAGACAACAGUAAUAAUAUGCUGCCUUUUCAGGAUCGGAAUCGUCCCUAUGAUGCUUUUAACUUGCACUCUUUGGAGAAUUCCUUAAUGGAUAUUAUAAGGACUGAUCAUGACAAAGGUAAACACUACCCUCCCAGUGGCCCACCAAUGACUAUCGCUGAUAUAAUGUGGAGGAAUCAUUUUGCAGGACGCAUGGGUCUUAAUUUCCAUCAUCCAGGAUCAGACAAUAUAAUGGCCCUAAAUACAAGGAGCUAUGGACGAAGAAGAGGUCGAUCUUCUCUCUUUCCAUUUGAAGAUGGACUCCUUGAUGACAGUCAUGGUGAUCAGUCCCUGACAUCUGGCCUCAACUCUCCAACCCGCUGUCAGAAUGGCGAGAGGGUUGAACGAUAUUCAAGAAAAGUCUUUGUAGGGGGCCUACCCCCAGAUAUUGAUGAAGAUGAAAUUACUACUAGUUUUCGGCGCUAUGGACAUCUUGUGGUUGACUGGCCCCACAAAGCAGAAAGCAAGUCAUAUUUCCCACCAAAAGGCUAUGCAUUUCUGUUAUUUCAAGAAGAAAGCUCUGUGCAGGCUCUGAUUGAUGCCUGCAUUGAGGAGGAUGGAAAGCUGUACCUGUGUGUCUCCAGUCCUACUAUCAAGGACAAACCAGUACAAAUCCGACCUUGGAAUUUAAGUGACAGUGACUUUGUGAUGGAUGGCUCCCAGCCACUUGAUCCCAGGAAGACCAUAUUUGUAGGAGGAGUUCCACGACCACUUAGAGCUGUUGAACUAGCUAUGAUCAUGGACCGGUUAUAUGGAGGGGUCUGCUAUGCUGGCAUUGAUACUGAUCCAGAGCUUAAGUACCCGAAGGGUGCUGGCCGGGUGGCUUUCUCCAAUCAACAGAGUUACAUUGCUGCUAUCAGUGCACGUUUUGUCCAGCUACAACACAAUGACAUUGACAAACGGGUUGAAGUAAAGCCAUAUGUCUUGGAUGAUCAGAUGUGUGAUGAAUGCCAGGGAGCUCGCUGUGGUGGAAAGUUUGCCCCAUUCUUUUGUGCCAAUGUGACCUGUCUGCAGUAUUAUUGUGAAUAUUGCUGGGCAAGCAUCCACUCACGUGCAGGCAGGGAGUUCCACAAGCCCCUGGUCAAGGAAGGAGGAGACCGACCUCGCCACGUUUCUUUCCGCUGGAGCUGAAACAUUGGCAAGCUUUCAUUACUGGCCCUGUGACAGCAACCUGAGCUGACUAAACCAAGGAAAGAGCAAAAGGAGGAAUGCAAAAUCUACUGCCUCAGGGCAGGGAGCAUCCUGAAAAUUGGUGCAUUCUUCCUCAGAUUCAACAAAUAAAAAUAUGGGUCUUUCAUUUUUUUUUAAUUCAUUUAUCUCGACCUUGGUGUCUGAUAUAUUGAAAUCUUUAAAGUUUAACUGUACAGAAUUUGCACUUUGACGCACCUAAACAUGCAACAUCUGCUUGGUACUGAAAUAGUCCUAUUUUAAGUCACUUUUCCAUAGUUUUCAGUGCUUUUCUGUCCUUAAUAGCCAAUGCCAGGCUAAUUUUUGAAGUGGUUAAAAUAUACAGUAUAUCUAUUUUUUUAUUUUAUAUAUUGUUUUUCUAUCAUUUUAUGUGACUGGAGCAUGCACUUGUUUUCACAAAGGUUGUGAUUUUCCCCCUAGGGUUAUACACCAAAGGUAUGGAAAUAGGAAAACAAAAAAAGUAGUUGGCAAAAUAUGUAGCAAAACAAAUUGUCAGCAAUCAGUAGUUUGGAAGAAUUGAAAAAUACACACAUUAAAAAUAAGCCUUUAUUUGCUCUCCAUUUUGACUUAAAUAAUACCUCAUAAGCGCAAUUUGAUUUAUUUUUUUAUAUUUUUUAUUAUUGCAUUUUUUUUAGGUUCUUUAGUGUUAUGUAAAUCUGUGCUGCAAUAGCUUUUUUGCUGCUAAGUGGUAUUACUAAUACCAUAUUACUUUAUUCAGGCUAGAAUUAAAAAAAAUAAAUAAAGAAUAUGUAUUUAAUAAAGUUUAAAAGCUGCUGAUGAAAUGAAGCAGUACAGCAUGAGGCAAAUCUAAAGGAAGGUCAGUAGAUAUUUUGACUGCAUGUAUGAUCAGUUGGCUGCACGCAGUACAACUUAUUAAUCAUGUCUUUUAUAUAAGUUUGCCCACUGUGCGUGAAGGAUUUAAGAAUAUAGGUGGUCGAAAAAUAAUUUAUUUACAAUAGAUAAACAUAUAAAAAAGUAAGCAAACAAUUGGAAAAUAACUGACAAAAGGCAUGUCGUAAUUUAAUGAAUGUGGAUUUAGAAUCCAUGUCAAUGCAUUAACAAGCCACACUGAAAUAUAAUUAUGAGAAUAGCUGUAGUAAUAUAUAUCCUUCAAAAAUAUUUUUAUGGUAGGUGAAGCAAUUUUGCAGUGAUCUUUAAUAUACAAAUGUGCAAUUUUUUUAAAUAGUAGGGUGAUUAUGCCUAGUACUGUGAUUUGCUAUAACCGUUGUUAAUGUCUGGCAUACAAUAUAUCUAAUGCUCUAAAACACUGCUAAAAUAUGUGUGUGUGUAUAUAAUGUACUUAAACACACACACAUACAUACACAAAAAUACACAUACAUGAGCUCGAGUAUUGUGUUGAUUUGGUUAUUUGCACAGCUUAAUAUGUCAUGCUCAGAAACCAAAGAGCUCACAAAAUGACUUUUCUUCAGACACCGAAAAUGCACACAGAGACACACUAUAUACAUUAUAUGAAUCAUUACAACAUUUGUCAGACAAGGUAGGCACAUUUUUAUUAGUAACUAGAUGGUUGUAAUACAUGGGUGUUGGAAAAGAGAGAUUGUGAACUGUAUAUACAAAAUCAUUGCUCAAGAAAGGUCUGAACAAAAGUCAAAAUGGAGAUAUGUAUACUUUCUGGGUUUAGAAAAAAAUCCUACUCCCUUAAAACCCCAGAUGCAUCCUGCAAAGCUUGAACUAUUUACACUUGACCUGCUCUGGUAGGAAUAUGAUUAGCACAAAAUAUUUAAUCGCACGUGGGAUGGGUGUGAGGCUGCUGAUUGCAUUGCAAGGAAGCCAGUGUACUAUUCAUUACAGCAUUUGCUCAUGAGCAGAAGGAGCGUAGGAAAUGGAUGGGGGCAAUUGUGUACACUAAGUUCUGUGUUUUUAUUUUCAUUUUAUUUUUUAAGCAGCUGUGGGACAAUCUGAUUGGAUAUGAACCCACAAGAUUAAGUUUAGUUUUUAAGUCUGUGUUUUGUGGUAUUUUUCUUUUGUCUGAUUUUGUCCUUUUUUUGUCUAGCUGCAAAUAUCUUCUUGAGAAUGAAGGGGAUUUGUUUUUGAAAAAGUAGACAAAUACUGCAUUUUAUAUUGGGAAGAUAAUCUAUCACUUUAAUUAUAUUAUUAUUAUUACUAAUAUCCCUUUGGAAGUUAACUCUGGGCUUUACUUUGAGAUGGAUGUUUUUGCCCAGUUGGGAUUUUUUUUAUGUUGUCACAUUAUCUGUAAAUGACAUUUUGUUAUGCACUACUUUUUUGUAUCUGGACAGUUUCAACAGUCAGCUGAAAAUAUUGGUUUGCUUUUAUUUUUAUUUCUUUUUUUAUUAUUACUUUUUUAGAUAAUGUGUGCUUUCUGACUGACAUGAUCUUUUGCAAUACCUCAAUUUUGAAAUAAGAGAAUUUGAUAUUUUCUAAGUAAGUUUAUUCAGAAAAAGAUAUAUAUUAAUUUAAUUCUGCAAGAAAAUGAUUUAACAGAUAAGUAAUUUUAUUUUUUUCAUGCUUGUUUGCUUUUUUGUUAGAUAUUUUGACAAAAAAAACUGAAGGAAAUAGAGCUUUAUAAUUUUAAUAUAAUGAGAAAUAGUUAAAGUACAGAGUCUACCUAAAUGCCGUGGUUAAAACGAAUGUGUCUGUAAAGAAUUUUCCCCUCAUCUGCAUUGCCAUGGAGUUGUAAAAUAAUAGCUAUAUACAGAGAGAAUAUGGAGGAAACAAAUACUGAUUUUUUUUUUUGAAGUCAAAUAAAACUCAAGGUGUAUAAAUCUCAACAAGGUGCUGAGAGACAAUUAACUGAAGAUAUUUCCCUUAUUUUGUAAAUAUAAUUAAUCAUUUAUUAUGCUGACCAGAAUUGUGAAAGAAAUCUUCUGUUCAUGUUAUUUUUUAAUAAACUUUUUUAUGUUUCUAAAUAAAUAUAUAUUCAUACAUAUAUGUAUAUAUAUAUUCAUACAUAUAUGUAUAUAUAUGUGUAUAUAUAUAUAAUAUACUCCCUUUUCUUUUGUAAAGAAGUGUCCCAAUUUUUGUUUACUUGAUAUUCAGAAAAAAUGAGGGUAUUAGAGUGAUAAAGAAUGAUAUUUUUUAAAAAUACAAAGUGUUCAAAAUGUUCAUUGAGUUUAGAGCCCAAUGGCGCAUCAGGUCCUUGUGUGACCUUCUUUUCAUGUGACACUUGAAUUAGUCUGAUUUUUUUGAAGGCAAACUGAACAUCAAUUAUGUGUUGUAAUGUGCAAUACUGUUUGUACUGUUUGUAUAAAAGAGAAAAAAGGCAUAAAUCUACUGCAGAUUUAUUUUCAUUGCAAACAUUGUGAUUCACAAAGAUCAUUUUCUACUGUAUAUGUACCUACUCUUCAUGCUGGUAUUUUUUCAAUAGUAAUGUAGCCUUUGUACUGAGAAAAACAAUUUUCAUUGUUAUUUUUAGAGAGAUUUUUUGCUAAAAAAAAAAUGAAAACAUAUUAACAUUUUUCAUUUUUAUUUUGUAUUUUCCUUAAAACCUUUGUUUCUCAGCCAUUAAUGUAGUCGUUUCUGGGAGAGACUUUCAUAUCUGGUCAAUGUCAUUAAUAUUAUUUUGUAUUUUUACUUGGAAUAAAUUAAUUUUAUGAUGCUAAUUCUUUAAAAGUAUAUUUUGUUUUUGUUUAUUUUUGAUGCAGAAUAUCUUUGUAAUAAUGUUACUAAAAGUGUCUAGUUUUUUGAAAUGCAAGAGCUUUAUGUAUUAACUUGCUGGUGUGGUUUACAAUAUGUAAAAUGACAAAGAAAAUGGUAAUUUAGUCAUGUACAUGUAGCAUGAUUGGAGAUGUAAAUGAAUGAGCGGGCAAUAAAAAAGAGAGAAACUGAAUGCAGCAAACAAAAUUGUUACUACAUUGUGAUGGGGAAAAUGUGUUUCAAAAAUAUGGUCUUUGGUUAAUUAUAGGGAUGUCACAAUUGAACUGCAUGAUGUAACCACUCAUUUUAGAACCUAUUAAUGAGUUGGCUUUUGCACUUUAACUCAGUGCUCCCUUUUCUAUAGGAAUUACAAUUUUUGCAGUACAGAUUGAUUUUAUUUGGGAUGUUUUUUCCACUAUUUUAUUGGCUUACGUGACUGUAAGUUUUCAUUCCAACAAAGGUUUUAAUUACCGUGUAUCUGUACUAGAUUGCCAUAACAAUGUCAUCUGCAUGGAAUUUGAUUGGAGGAAGUUCAUACAAAUAAAACAUCAAUAAGUCACAAACAAUAGUAGUCAUGAUUAUGCAUCAGGCUCCCAAACACUAACUUUAACACAAUCUGCCGAAUGUCUAAGUAUGUUUAUUGUACAAAACUCUUAAGGUCAAGAUUGCAAUUUCACAUACAGUACAUAUGUUAACUAACUGUGACAUGCACAUUCUGACAUUCACUUUUGGGAUUCAAAGCAGCUUAUUGUGUUCAUGAUGUUUUGUAAAUUACCAAAGAUUUUAAUAAAAGUUGCAAACACGAGUGUAAUCAAUUAAGUGAUAUUUAAGCAAAUUAUAUGUUACUAAUUAGCAGACAUAUUUUAACACCUUGUCACCUAAACAGAGUUGCAGGAUCUUGCUUCAAUGUGUGGUGUGCAAUUCCUUAAAGAAUUUUUCAAUUAACAUACUAAAUUUACAGCUGAAAAUUUAAUCAAUGGGUCUUCCAUAGUAAGUUGUUUUUUUUUUUUUUUAAUAAAAUCCUUGGUCUAGAAGAAUGCCCUAGACUGUUCAUUUCUACUCCAACUUGAAUUUCUGAAUCUGACAUCAACACUGCCCUGAAAUUAUAAUGAAUGGUGCUGCUUUAUGUUCAUUAACUCGUCAGUUAACUUAAGUUAUGCCUUUUGUUGAACAUAGGAAGUGAACAAUAGCACUGUAUCAUGUUGGAAUUGCACGGUAGUUUGCACCUUUACUUGCUAAUUAUCCUUUAGCUAAAUAAUUAGAAAUAGUCAAUAUAUAAAAUAGGAACAAUCCAGAGAGGUUUGCAGAUAAUGAAUUCUCUAAACUCCAAGACAGCUGUGCAUAUUUUUGGUUAAUUUAUGAACAAAGCUUUGGUAGAAAUUUAGAACUAAUUGAAUUAUCUGAAAUGAAAAUUGGCAAAGUUGGGUUCUAGCCCAGAACAGAUCAAAUUAACUUUUCACAUUAAUUGGAAUGAAAAGCUGUUAUUGAUGAUGAUACCAAAGUACUCUGGCAUAACAACUAUCAACUCUCUCUUGGUGUUUGAAAAUGAUUUAAAGAGGCUGUGUGGCAAAAUGGCUAAAUCAAGGGACUAUAAACUGUAAGGCUGCAGGUUCAGUCCCUGUCACUGGAGGGCCCAUGAGCAAGUCAAAAUGGCUGUGCUCCACAUUUAAACAGUUGUAUAAAUAUUCUCUAUUUGUAAUAUUCCUUGGAAUGGUGUUCACUGUACAAAGGUGCUACAUAAAACAUUUUUAGUGAAGAAGAGAGAGUAAUAUUUCAUAUUUGGACUGUUAUGCCCUUUUGUGAACUAUUAGUGAACAUAAGCAUUUUGCUUUAAACAACAGCACAAUUCUGCACUAGAUGCUUUCCACUCAAUUAAAACAGACUUCACCAUCGAAUUUAAAAUCAUAAAUUCUUAGUGUUAUAUUUUAUUGGUCUAUAUAAUAGUUCUAAUUUCUUCAUAUGUUUCAUCUCACAUUCCUGAGACAUUACGCUAAUUAGGGAAUCUAGAUUGGCUAGGUGUGGGUGUGCAUGAGAGUGUUUCCCAUGAUUAACAGGUUUCAUGUGGAUAAUUAGUUUCUGCCUCGUUCUUAGCAAUUUGUGACGUAAUAAUUUAAAGAAUGAUAUGGCUGGAUUCAAUUUUUAUAGAAGCAUGUAAAUUUGAACACACAUUCCUACCACCCAUUUUAAAUCUGGACGUUGGGCAUUGAUUUUAAUACAAACCUCUGUUAUUAAUAGAGUUCACAAGUUCAGUGUGUCCUAUUGCAGAGUAAAGUUCUCAAUUGUAUCCCCUUUGCCACAUUAACUAAUACAAGCACAUUCUAAUUUGCUGUCAAAUAAGGCUAGGUUGGCUUUCAUCAAUACCUACAGAAUAAACUCCCUCUGUCUAUUUGUUCCAGUAAUACUAAAAUUAUAUUUUAAUCACAUUAUCACCUCAACAUUGUGACAUCCCUAAGUAGAUGGUAUGUCAAAUGAUAUUUCAUAUAGGUGAUGAUGACAACAAGUGUGUUUCUUUAUGCUUCUGCUGUCUUGUUUGUACCUGUUACCUUUUGUACUAGUUUUUAGAGUCAGGAUAACCACUGUUUUAUUUUUUGUAUUACUAACCAAACUGUUUCUCUCCAGCUUUGUGCAACAGUGUUAUCUGCAUCAUGCCACUGAGUGUUUUUGGCUCAUUUUGUGACUCAACUGCUCUAUACCCUAACAAACUGGCAACUGCUGUGCUCAAGAAGUUGGGGAUGAAGUGUUACAGUGGUGGGUGGGCCAGACAUGUGGGUUUCACUGGAUACUGUUAGUUUGUGGCCAUUUAUUUAAUGGUAAAUGAAAAAAUGAAGGCACACUUUGAUAUCCACUUUUCAAAUAUAUUGUUCUGUUAGGGUAUACAGUGUUGUGGUGUGAUCUUUCAGCCAUAUAAUUGACAGCAGCUAUUCACAAAGGUUCUCAGACAACCACUACUUUUGAGUGUAACUUUUCAAUUACUUGUUGUUUAUUAUUUUUAAUUUAAUUUAUUUAGUUUUUAUGAUUGGUUACCUUGAAAAGGCUUUGAUUUUUUUUUUUGGCUUGGAACUCUGCUUGUAUGGAGCUAUGGUUCCAUGUCUAAACAUGGAGCUCAAUACUGCUGUUGCUAACAACUGCUUAAAGUUUGUAGUUUGGACCUUUUUCUGUACUAAUAAGCAACUCUUAUUAAACGUAGCUGUAUGACAUUGUGAAA